UCCGAAAACUGGAUUUGUGCCCGGAGAGACUGUACCAAUCGAUAUAAGCAUUCAAAACUACUCAUCCGUCGAGGUGACCGGCAUUGCCGCUGAAAUCGUUUAGCGGUGCAUCUGCGUCGCAUUCUCCCAUGAGAAUAAUCGACAGUCCUCGGAAACCAACGCUCGACCAAUUGCUCUUCACGCCGAGAGAUUCACAUUAGGACCCGGUGAUGAGUACAAGCUGAUCAUACCACUUCUACUCCCACUCGUCCCGCCAACCAUCGAGCACAUCUCUCCGUACAUAACCUUAGAGUACCCGGUGCACGUGACGGUGACCUCUUCAUCCACUUAUGGGAGGAAUGUCGUUUGGGAAGCACCGAUUCUGGUGGGGACAGUGCCUAUUCGAGCGAUGCUGCCGCCGCCGCCGAUGGUGCCGAUGGGAGUUCAAACAGUUCAAACGACGCAGCCGAUUGGACAGGAGCUAGGAAAUAGUUUAGAACAAAAUAAAUAA